GACGAAAAAUUUUGCGGAGAUAGGGAAAGGAUAAAUAAGAGGCUGAGAAGCGCGCUUUUCCUGCCGAAAAGAAAUGGCGACGCUCACUCUUGCCGGAGCUAUCUCCUCCUCCGCCGCCGUCAAGUCUCCUCGCUUCCCACUGGCGAAAAAAAUUCGAUACCCCAGUCAGAUCAUCCAAUGCACCGCACGUGAGGAAAGGUGCGGUUGCAUGGAUUCUUGUUGCUCGUUUAAGGAAAUGAGAAAUGUUGCAUGUGGUUUGCUUGCUGCUUGGGCACUGACAGCUGCCUCUCCCGUUUUUGCUGCAAAUCAGAGGCUUCCACCUCUAUCAACAGAGUCAAACAGAUGCGAACGAGCAUUUGUUGGGAACACAAUCGGUCAAGCAAAUGGUGUAUAUGACAAGCCACUUGACCUAAGGUUUUGUGAUUACACAAAUGAGAAAUCAAACUUAAAGGGUAAAUCACUAGCAGCGGCUCUCAUGUCAGAUGCAAAAUUUGAUGGGGCUGAUAUGACAGAAGUAGUGAUGUCUAAAGCUUAUGCAGUGGGUGCAAGCUUCAAGGGUGUGGAUUUUUCAAAUGCUGUAAUUGAUCGUGUCAAUUUUGGAAAAGCCAAUCUUCAGGGAGCAGUCUUUAAGAACACGGUUUUGUCAGGUUCCACCUUUGACAAUGCUCAACUUCAAGAUGCUGUGUUCGAAGAUACUAUAAUAGGAUACAUUGAUCUUCAGAAACUCUGCACAAACUCUACCAUAAAUGAGGAGGGACGAGCUGAGUUAGGAUGCCGGUAAACUUUCCAUAAUCAGUUCUUCCUCUAGUUACUCUGUUUGAUUUUGCUGUUCAGUUGCUAUCUUUUGACAUUCAACUAAUUGAAGCAUUUAAUUCAAGUGUCUUUUUAUGCUAAUCAAAUUACAUUCUCUUUCAAUUUGUAUAUUAGAGGGCAAUUUAUGCAUUGUGGUUAAUAUUAUAAAUUCUCCCAAAGUGGUAUGGAAAAUUAGUGCUGAUCUCACUGCUAUGAGAAUAAUCCUGUAAAAUGCGUUGAGGUUGUGUUGAGUGUUGCUAUGAGAAUAAUACUGCUAUUAGUUAAGUA